UACGUAAUUAUGUAUACGUAUUUAUGUUACGUAUACGUAAUAUAAAAUUUACUAAUAACUACAUAUUUUUGUGUGUAUAAAAUUUGGAAAAUAUUCUUCUGUCUUAACUUUUAAAUAUCCGCAGUAAUAUAAAUCCUAGUAAAUGUAUAACAAAAGUUUGAAAAGGUAAAGUUUUCUGUACAAAAAGCAGCUCUUUAAAAAUAGUGCCCUUUACAAAUAUUAAAAAAUUCGUAAAAUUCCACAAUAGGAAAAUUUCAACUAAUUUUUCCCGAGAUCAGCAAUCUACAAAUAAAAAGUUGUAAUUUGUAAAUAUUGGCUUUUAUGUAUAUAUUGUUUUGUCUUAUCUUAUCUAUUAGAAAACUUGAUAUUUGAUAAUCAAACUAGUCAUUGCACUAAGAAAAACGAUCUAGUAAGCUUGGGAAUAUUUUGACAUUUAAAUAUUAUUAGUUCAAGUUUAAUUUAUGAUGAUGUUUUGGCAGUAAUGAAAAUCCGGUCUUAAAUAAUAUUGGAAUUUCUUUUAAAAUAUUGUUUAGUUUUUCUUUUUGCUUUGUUAAGUAGUUCCGAGACCUUUGCAAGUCACGUGCCCGACUGACAUUAUCCAAAGCGCAAUUAUGCGCAUAUCUGUCAGAUACAGAUACAUUUACGGCCCGCAUACAGGUGUACCUUUCUAUUAUAAUAGAACGCCGGAGCGAGACAGACAGACAGAGAGAGAGAGGCGCCUAUCUUAUCGGACUUUGUUCGCCGAGCGCUUAUCACAUGGCCCUUGACACACCUGUUCGCCGCCCCCUCUUUUCCCUCCUUUUUUUUCCACCAGCCGCCGAUAAGUCUUGGCCAAAAGCCAGCGCCGCGUUAUGAUAUGACAGUUGGCCUAAGGCCUCUUUAUGGAGCAAAUAUCUUCGCCGCCGGUGCUCCCGUAUCCACGUGGAUAUCCCGCCCUAUCCGAUCCCAGAAUGUCCAACGUACCGCCCUACCUGGUCUUCUUCUUUCUGGCCAUCAUCUCCUGCGGGGUUACCUUCUGCUGCCUGAGAUUCUGCCUUUGGGUGUGCUUCGAGGCCAGGGAUUCCAGGAGUCGCCGACGAAGACGUGACCGCCAAGGCAAUGUGUUCAACGUGCCGGAGGAGCCUUCCGGCAAUCGCUAUGGCGACAUAUUCUUCAUUGAGCCAGGGAGCGUAGAGGCCAACCGCAUCCGCGAUCAACUGGAAAAGGACGAGAAGGAUUUGCCCAGCUACGACGAGGUGAUGCGCAUGUGCAACCUGACCACGCCCACGGCAGCGGCAGCGGGGACACCGCAGUCGCCCCUGGGUGAACCCGGUCCCAUUGGGAUUGCGGCACUGCCGGCUCCUCCAUACUCGGAGACCGAUCCUCAGGCGGCCGCCGGAGGAGCCACGGUCAUUGCGAUGGAGCCGAUGGAGCCCUCCACCUCCCGAGCCGCACAGAUCCCGCCCAGCUCUGGCUCCGGCCCACCUGCUCCUCCGCCAACCGCGGUGUGAUCCGCCGGAGUCACGGGGAAACGGAACUGAAGCAUUCGCCGUGCCACUCUGGGCCACACAGAUGACAGUUUGUGUGCGCUUUCAGUACAGAAAUGAACUUGUGUGAUCUUAUUGAGUACUACAUACCUAGUUAAGCGGUAGAGAUUAAGCGUCAGCUAUUGUAAAUACAUAUUUUAAGAGUCUAGGAUGAAAA